UAUAUAUCGAUUAUCGAUGUUCGUAGGUAUCUAUUAUCUAAUCUAUUAUAAUUUUCUUUAAAUCUAAUGAUGUAGCAACAACCCAAAAAUAAUUAUAAUAUACUUAAUAUAUUUUGAAAUGCCACAGUCUUAAAAUUUUAUUGAAUAGAUGCGUGAAUCACUAUACCUACUUAGUGAAAGUAGGCUGGUUAGCACCAGUUAGCACCAUGGGUGAUAUUAUAGAGUUUACUACAUUAUCAACAAACAAGCGUUUAUUUUACAAAAUAUCAAAUAAUGGCAUGUGUUUUGAUAUUAGAACAACCGGCGUUGCUAUUAUCGGAUUAGCAAGAGUUCUGCAUGCCAAGUGUCUUGUGACGAUUAUAAUAGGAGCCGAUAGUGAAACAAUUAUUGGUGAUAAUCAUGGAAAAAUUGUACAAGUAAAUAUACAGGGUAUUGUUAAUGGAGAAGAAUACAAAAAGUUUUGGUUCAUGCAAGAUGCAGAACAUGUCAUGUAUGGUAGACAAGGGGAAACCAAUCCAAUACUUAAACUGCCUUUUAAUGAAUGUGAUCUCAAUUAUGUGACUUUCUACUGCCACAAUCAAAUAGAAAAAGUUUAUUGGAGAAUUGAAUUGCCACCGUUACUGAAGGUGCCUGAUAAUAAACCAAUAACCAAAGGCAAACUCCGAUGGGAGUUAAAGGACAAACAACUUCCUGAAGACGCACUGAUUGGAGGCCAUGAGGGUGAACCGUUGUACAUUGCGAGAGCGUUACUACAUAGAUCCUUGGUGCUGGGGAAAUAUGUGCCGUCGGAAAACAUUGCAUAUUUCUCUUGGGGAGGACAAAUUCUUAGAGAGAAAAAAUUUGAGUUGCAGCCCGAAGUCAGGAAGUUGGCGGUGUGAUAGUUGAUACCCCCGUGCCGUUUGAAGCAUGUGUAACCAUUGUUCCUGCGCCUGAUCUCUCUCCGGUCAUGUCGGAUUGUCUCACCGGUCUGUGCUCUGUGGGUAUGAUUGUAUGUGGGUGCCUACACAAGAGAACCAGAUACCAACACUAGCUGUCGAAGCGGGAUACUCUGAUAGUGAUGGAGAACCACUUUACAUUGGCAGAGUACGUCAUCGCGGACACCUCAUACCAGGCAGAUUACAACCCUCGCAGAAAGCUUGUUACGUACUGUAUAAAUUUCAGCAGAUUACGGCUGCAAACUACGAAAUAUUAACAUUAAGUCAAGGUUUACAAAGUGUAAAUACGUUUUUAAUACCCAGUGAGGAUAAAACACUUGCUAUGCAUAAUUUUCGUGAUCUACGGUGUAAUUUGUGGGGACCGUUAUAUAGCAACGACAAUGAGUAUGACAUAAUUAUUGGUUAUUUAUAGCAUACAAUAUUCAUAUUACAUUUUAAUGCUAAAUAUAAUUUAAUAGUAACGGCAA